CGGCAAUGCGGGGUUAAUUAUUGGUGGGCUAUACCACACUACCAGCGGAUUCGCAAAAAAUAACAUUUUAAUCGCCCUGCGGAUAAUCGCAAUAUUGCCGAAUCGAAAUUGUCUGUGAAAUCGCAAAUUAGCCGUCAGCACGUGCGCCAGCUAAACAAUUCGCGGCAGCGGCAGGGGGCCAAACGAACCGAUUUUCCGGCUGAAAAAAACAGGCGGCGUCGCCGACACGCGGACCGAACCGUAGGAUCCGAUCCGAUCCGAUCCGGAGAAGUCUCCAGGACAUACAGGACCAGGACCAGGACCAGCACACUUAUCCCUCCCGCUCACAAGAUGGACGUGUACGACGUGAGCGACGAUCUGGUGAAGAAGCUGAACGACUGGAAGCUAAUAGGGAUCAUCUCCGGGAAGUUCAACGAGCUGAAGGAGAACUACCGCAAGGUGGACUUCGUGGAGCGGGCCCUGAUCGACUUCAAGUACAUGGAGAAGAUCUUCCUGAACGUAAUGCUCCGGGAGGACAAGUGCAACAAGCGGAGCGUGGAGUUCCGGAUGCUGGGCAACGAGCAGUUCUCGCUGAAGAACAGGAAAUACUUUCAGGCCCUGGAGCUGUACAACAAAAGCAUCUGCUAUGCCGAGCCCAACUCGGAGCACCUGUCCAUAGGCUAUGCCAACCGGUCGGCGGUUCUGUUCGAAUGGAAGCGCUACCGGGAGUGCCUGGCCAACAUCGAGCUGGCCAGGAAGGCCAACUAUCCGGCCAGGCUGAGCCACAAGCUGGACAAACGGGAGCGGGACUGCCAGCAGCUGCUGGAGCAACAACCGACGGAUGUGGUGCCCUACGAGUUCAAGCUCAGCUUCGAUUCGCACGCCCAGGUGCCGUACAUUGCCGACUGUUUGGAGCUGCGCGAGUCCGCCGACGAGGGACGCUUUGUGGUCAGCAAUCGGGAUCUGGUCGUCGGGGAUUUGGUGGCCGUGGAGCAGCCCUUCUGCUCCACACUGCUGCCGCCCAUGCGGUACAUCCGCUGCGCCACCUGCAAGCGGGAGAACUACCUGACCCUCAUACCCUGCGACAGCUGCUGCUCCGUGAUGUUCUGCUCCGAGGAGUGCAAGCAGCAGGCCACGUCCACUUAUCACCGCUUCGAGUGCCCCAUCAUUGACUUUCUGCACCGCAUGUUCAACAAGAUCCACGGCAUCGCCCUGCGGACCACGCUGGCCGCCUUGGAUCUGUAUCCCAGCAUCGAGGAACUGAUGGCCUUCUGCGAGCAGCCGCAGAAUCAGCACAAGUGCGCCUUCGACCUGGACUACGGGCAGCUGUCGCCGCAGGAGCACUACCGGGCCAUCCACGGACUGGUGACCAACCAGCACCUGCGCUCCGUCUCCGAUCUCUUCCAGCGCUCCGUGGUCUGUGCCGUGCUCAAGCACUUUAUUAUCGAAUACACGCCGCUCAAGGACUAUUUGGGCGGCGAGGAAGGCAUGAACUUCUUCACGGACCUGCUGUUCCGGCACCUGCAGACGUCCCCAUCGAAUAUGCACGGCAUUGAUCUGGUGGAGCAGGUUAACGAGACCAAGGACGACCAGACGCACUCGUCCGGGGCGUACGCCUUCCUCUCGCUGCUAAAUCACUCGUGUGCGCCGAAUACUUUAAGGAUAUACGAGGGCACCAAGGCGUACCUGUUCGUCCUGCGGCCGAUUAAGGCGGGAAAUGUGCUCUACGACAACUAUGGCGCCCACUUCGCCAUCUUCAGCAAGCAGCAGCGGUUGGACACACUGUCCAUGCAGUACCGCUUCGACUGCAAGUGCGAGGGCUGCGAGCUGGACUACCCCACCUUCAGGCGGAUGCCGCACAAGGCGACGGUGCCAUCCGUGACCGAUGACACGGACAUGAAAUCGCUGGGCGCCUACAACUACGACUUUGCGGUCAGCAACUACCGGAAGUACUGCGACUUCCUUACGCAAUACGGCGCCGCAUAUCCGUGCGAGCAGAUCAGCUCAGCGGAGGAGUGCCUCAAGAUGGCCCUUCAUAUCAUGGUGGACGCAGUGCCGCUCAAGGCGAAGAUGUAAUCGGAUCCUGACGCUGGCCAACCAUCACCACAACCACCACCCAACACGGACGAACUUUUCCUUUGCUGACUUUGACUGGAGGCAGCGUAUUACAAGCGAGACACACAAAAUGAGGAGAGUAAUUGAUUAAUAUACAUGUUGUUGCCAUAAGUCUGUAGCGCAGGCAGCAGCGCGAUGAGAGGAGCACGCCCUUAACUUUUAUAUUUGUAAUUGUACAUUUCGACCUUUGGUUCUAUUUUACCCUGCACCAAACACACCCCCACAUAUUUCACAACAAGUCGCAAGCUCAAAAUUCUAACGUUGAUUCAUUUUUUUGAUCACAACAAUGUCUUCGAUGAAAACAAAACAAAAAACAAACAAGAACUAUGCAA